ACUCGCGCAUAUUAACAUGAGACUGCUAGCAAAAUCAACUGGAAGACCGCGCAUUCCUACGGCGUCUGCUGCCAUAGCGACGUCUUUGGGGAGGCGUCAUCUAACCAACAAUGGCUUCUUCCGCGUCUCGGAAGAGGUGCGCGAAGCUCUGCAUUCGAAGAAGCCCGUUGUCGCGCUGGAGACGACCAUCUACACGCAUGGCUUCCCCUAUCCCGAGAACGUAGCCCUCGCAUCCCUUCUCGAGAGCGUAGUCCGAGCCAAUGGUGGUAUUCCGGCCACCAUUGGCGUCUUGGAUGGUGUAGCACGUGUAGGCAUGGACCCAGAAGAGCUCAUAAGACUGGCUUCUGCCGCUGGUCAAUCCACUACCCUGAAGCUUUCCAGACGUGACCUUGGCUACGUGUGCGGCAUGCGAUUGACCGACAAGUCCUUCAAUGGAGGCACCACCGUCUCCGGUACCAUGCUGCUAGCCCAUCUGGCUGGAAUCAAAAUUUUCGGCACCGGUGGUCUUGGUGGCGUCCAUCGCGGAGCAGAGUCAACCAUGGACAUCUCAUGCGACCUUACUGAGUUAUCUCGCACCGCAGUAGCAGUGGUGGCGGCAGGGUGCAAGAGCUUCCUCGAUAUCCCCAAAACUAUAGAGUAUCUUGAGACCGAGGGAGUUGGUAUCAGCACUUUUGCCGACGGACGUCCGGGAAAUGUGGACUUUCCUGCUUUUUGGUCGCGUGACAGUGGCGUCAGGAGUCCGACUACCAUCGCGGACGAGAUUGAAGCUGCUGCUAUCAUCUAUGCUCAGCACACACUACAAAUCACCUCCGGCCUACUCUUCGCCAAUCCAAUUCCAACCGAGUUUGCUAUACCCAAGGAAGAAAUGGAUGUGAUUAUCGCAGAUGCCUUACGACAAGCUGAUGCCUCCCACAUCUCCGGCAAAGAUAUCACGCCCUUUGUCCUAGCUAAGAUCAAAGAGCUCACCAAUGGCAAGAGCAUCCCCGCCAACCGAGGACUCAUAGAAUCAAACGUCAAACGGGCAACCAUUAUAGCACGAGAGCUUGCAAUCCUAGAAGCGAAGCAGGAAGACGCCCAAGGACAAACUGCCUUUUCAUUCACUCCCCUUCAGUCCAGUCCUGCGGCUACAGCCGAAGACCGGUUACGUAAUGCAUCUCUAUCGCCCUCUGAACCUCUUCCUUCUACUCCCGCUACUAAUUUUACGCCUGCGUCUGAGACCAAACAACAUGCCGAUAUUGUGGUAGCAGGCGCCCUUGCAGUUGACUUUUCGUGUGACUAUGCCCCCUUGUCUGCUUCUGCUAGCAACACCGAUCCACUGCCGCAUACGUCCAACCCAGCAGUAAUCACGCAAACUCUUGGAGGCGUUGCACAUAACAUUGCCAAAGCCGCACACCUACUCGGCUCAUCUGUGCGUCUUCACAGCGCCGUCGGAGACGAUCUAAGCGGCCGUGCAGCAAUCGCUCAGCUCCAAGAGGAAGGCAUGUCCGUAUCUGGCAUCGAGACGCUCCCUGGCCCCUCUCGAACCGCGCAAUACGUUGCCAUUAACAACACGAACAAAGACCUCGCACUCGCAAUGGCAGACAUGUCAAUCCUAGAAACAAUCCCCGAUACCACUACUAGCCACCUCGCCAAUCUCAUUUUCAACAACAGCACAUUCCACCGCCCUAAAGUAUUCGUCGCAGACGCAAACUGGUCCUCAUCCGCCCUACAUAUCUGGCUCCAAUCCGCCCGCCAGAAGAACACCACCACAAUUUUCGAGCCCGUCUCCACCGCAAAAGCCCUUCGUAUCUUCCCCCCCGCCAGCACUACAGCUCCCAGUCCAUCUGUCUACCCCCACCCCCUCGCACACAUAACAACACCCAAUAUCCACGAACUCACCGCCCUACAUACCUAUGCCGAGGAAAAAAACUUCUUCUCCACAACGCCCAGCUGGUUCACCAUCAUCGACGCCCUCGGUAUCCCGACCACCGGCCUCCGCGUCCCCCUCGCCCUAACCGUCGGUUCCGACGUCGUUGACCGCGGUACCCCUCAACAAGCCAUCAAACUCCUCCCCUUCUUCCCUACUAUACUGACCAAACUCGGUCCCAAGGGCGUAUUGAUGACACGUCUUCUCCCGUUCAACGAUCCCGCGUUGCAGGAUGACACAGAGAGACAGUUUGUGCUGGCGAGGAACAUGAAUGGGGAUGCGGAAAGCGGCGUGGGUGGGUUAUAUGUGAGACUGUUUCCAGUAGAGAAGGUGCUGCAACCUGAGGAAGUCAUCAGUGUCAAUGGCAUUGGCGAUACGUUUUGUGGUGCGCUGGCACAUACUCUAAGUCAGGGCAGGAGGAUACAGGAUGUGGUUGCUUUUGCACAGAGAGCAGCGAGUCUUAGUUUAAGGUCGAGGGAAGCAGUCAGUCCGGGGCUGAAGGGACUCAGAACUGUCGUCGCCUAGGUGACAUGAAAUACUUCACACACUAAUAUGCACAGGGUACGUACGCCAAAUACACUUGAUAGAGAUACGAUAGCAGGGCUUACGUACACUGUCACUACUGAAUAUUAUGUUUUAUAUAGCUGUGGUUGUGUGGGCAUUCACAAAAAAGUAACUAGGAAUGUGUUUACGUUAGCCUACUGUAGCAAAAAAAGUCAUAAUUUAAAGAGCUACAUAGAUAAUAGACAGACAAAAAAAUCAAAAACAUACAACAGCGGGGAUUCGCCAGUGGUCACCCACCUGACUACUAGUCCGCCGGUACACCGCUUGAGUACCGCUGAGCGAACGGGAAGCGCUAUUGUCGAUGUCCUAUGGUCGUAUG